AUGAAACGUUUCAUGAGAUGCGUUAUAUUCGAAAUGCUAAUUACUUUGUUGUUAAUCGAUGAUAGCGUUGCCAAUGAAAGUAAACGAAACGAAGAGAUAAAGAUUCGAGCGAAACGACAAUUUCUAAGUUACGGUAGUUUUGGAGGAUUUUCUGCAUUUCCGUUCUUCAACAUGGGUUGGGGUUAUGGCGAAGGUAUUUCGAGAUGGGAAAGUCCAUGGAUGUGGCAAAGUGUUUGGAGUUAUAGUCCACCUUGGGGUUGUGUAUUUUGUUGGUAA